AUGUGUAAGUUACUGGACAUCGAUAAAUCUAAAACCACUCCGUGGCAUCCUCAAACUAAUGGGUUUUUGGAGAGAUCACAUAAAACUUUAAAAACAUACCUACGUAGUUUUGUCGAUAAAGAUAACAAUUGGGACCGUUUAUUAUGUUAUGCAAUGUUCUGUUACAAUACUACCGUGCAUAGUUCAACAUCAUAUACUCCCUAUGAAUUAGUUUUUGGGCGAAAACCAAAUAUUCCAUCAACAUUCUUUAAAGAGCCGGAACCACAAUAUAAUUACGACAAUUACGUCAUAGAUUUAAAACGAAUGAUGCAGGAGGCUCAUAAAAUAGCGAGAGAAAACUUAAUAAAGAAAAAAGUGUUAUUUUAUUUUGUUAUCAGGGAAAUAUCUCAUAAGUUCGUCAUCCUGGAUUUCGAGUUUUUUCCUAUUGACAGAUACUCUAAAGUAUUAAUAUCCGGAGCUAUUUCCAAUAGUCUUGACCAAUUUAAAAUAACCAAAUUGGAAGGAAGACCAUGGUAUUUACCAAAAGGGCAUGAGGAGGUCAGACCAAUGAGUGACCGUGAAAUGCACCGAGCCAUGAUGGAAAUACACAGGAUAUUUAAAAAGAAAACCGAAAUUAGGGAGGCGUGCUUGAAACAAUUAAAAAUCAGUAUUAAAACUUCGUUAAAUACAUUAAACCCGAAAUUCAUAAAGAAUUAUUUAGAUAAAGGGUCGAAGGUUUGCGUAAUUAUACUAUUUUGUGGGCAUAGUGAUAAGGAUAUAUUAAAAAAAUUAAAUAUUUAUGAUUACACUAUGCUCAACAUAUUGUGUUACGAUAAAAAUAAUAAUCAAUCGUUUUAUUUGCAAUUAGAAAAUUUAAAGAAUAAAAAAAUGAUAUGCGAAUUUGAUUUGGGAAAAAUUGAUAAGCAAGGUAGAUUAUUGAACCUUGUAGAAACGCACAAACUAAUUUGUAAUAAAAAACACAAAGUUACAUACGCGCAUGAUCCAUGCACGGAUGUAAGAUUUACUAAAUGUAUUUUCGAUUAUAUUAUAAGACGUUAUCGAUACGAAAACUUAAUAAAACAUUGUUAUUAA